AUGGCCCCCGUCAAGAAGAGCAAGUCCGCCAAAUCCUCCGAGUCUAUCAACACUCGAUUACAACUCGUUGUAAAAUCCGGAAAGUACACUCUCGGUUACAAGCAAGCUCUUAAGCAACUCCGAUCUGGAAAAUCCAAGCUUAUCUUGAUCUCCAAGAACUGUCCCCCCAUCAGAAAAUCAGAGCUUGAGUACUACGCCAUGUUGUCAAAAACCAACGUACACCACUACGACGGUUCAAACGUUGACCUCGGUACCGCCGCUGGUAAACUUUACAGAGUCGGUGUGAUGUCCAUCCAAGACGCUGGGGACUCUGACCUUCUUCAAGUCGAGACCGCUUAA